AUGCACAUCCUUGGCAAAGGACAAGAACUCGGCCACGAGGUGCCAGUUUGUACGCCGAUCUAUGACAUCAACGUACCGGGGGCAUACCUGGCAUCGUUGACACAUCCACAAGUUUUUUCCUUCGCCUAUGGCAAGAUCGGAAGUUACUUUGAUGGUGUGCGGUCGUACCUUGACGACAACAAUGGCACAGAGGCAUUCCUGGCAUCUUUGGAGACAUUCACAGCCAGCUCCAGCGAGCCCUUCGCCUUCCUGGGAUCAGCGCAGCAAUUGACGGUUGUGGUUUAUGGGGCGACACCAAACGCCAUCUUCAUCUUCCAUUUCCUGGUAGAGAACAGUUUGUCAGGAGGCUUGAUUGCGACAACUCAGAAAGAUGUCUUCCCACUCGACCCGGAGCCCGCGGAGAACCGUGUCUAUCUUGCCCUUGUGGCAUUGCUCGCGCUCCUCUUACUCUUUAUGGAGAUCAGAAGGAUUCUCCACUGCCCUGCUGCUUGUACUUUUGAAGAGGAUCGGACAAAAUGUUCUCUGUGGACACUUUUGUUCCUGCUUCUGCCAGCCCUGAUCUUUGCCAUCAUGGGCCUUAUGGUAGUCCAGGACACCUUCACAGGCAACCUCCUUCAGGCUGGGCGAACUUCUGAUGAAGACUUGUAUGAUUAUUUGUGGCUUCGAAGCAAGAUGGACCGUAGUCGUCUGGCCAUCAUUGUGAUCACGCUCUUCUUGUUCAAUGUUUUGAUGUUGAAAUAUCUGCUACUGCACUUUCCGCAGCUUCUUUCCGCGACGCAGAUUGUGAAGAAAAUUGCAGCACCAUUGCUGACAGUCUUGCUCAUGGUCUGCUUGACCAUCUUCUCCUUUGGAGUUUUCUUGUACACAGUUUAUGGAACCAGCUUCGGCACGUUUCAAGAUGUUGCCUCGACCUGGCUGAAUGUUGUGCUUUGGUCCAUGGGCUACAUCAAGAACUGGAAAGCCUACUACGAGUUCCAGGCCAAUCCUCAGAAAGCUCAGCAGACCUACAUGCCUUGCGUCGAUGACGUAGUUCUGCACUUUGAGACUCCUGCUGACCUGCCGCAGCCUGCGUUGUGGACUUUCAGCAUCUCUAUUGCGCUUUGCGUCAUUCAGCUGACGCUCAACAUUCUACCCGCUGUCAUCAUGCUUUCUCACAAGAAGGAAGCGGACCUUGUCGAAAAUUACAGUUAUCACUCUUUCUGGGCCAGCGAGCGCAGCAAGAAUGUGGGCCAGAAGAGCUUGAAUGCAGCUCUGGUAGGUUGGGAUUUUACAAACCCGAAGGAACCCAAAGAGGCCGCUGCGCAAGACAUCUGCAAUUUUGGAUUCCAUCAGUCUUGUUGA